UCUACAUCUCUUUAGUAUUCUACUUGGUGAUCAGAGCAGCAUAAAAAAUUAUUUUUCUUACCAGAUGGUCGUACCCUAAAAACCAGUCCAAAUUGGCCUCAAGGAAAGGAGAGCUAUUGUCAAAGUAACCUAAGGAAAGAGUAAGGUUGUCCAAGAGUCUCCCAGUAGGGAGGAUCAGGGAAGCAAUUUAUGCUUAUCAGGAGUGCUCCAACUGCAUUGUAAACUGCUCAUUUUGCCAGGAACAGCAAGGGACUCAACUUCUGGGAUUACAAGCCCUUACCUGAGGUCGCAUGUAAAAGGCUAAAUUGCCACCUGGUCUGUUUGCACGAUGUCCAGCACACUGGGGUCCUAAUGAUUGACAAGGGCUCCGAGAGAGGGGAGGGAUGUGCGUACCUGCCAGUACACUGCAAACACCGCAGUCCUCGAAGCCCCGGCUGAGCCAACGCUGCACCUCCCGCAUGAUGGAGGUCAUUCUCUGCCAUGUGUGCGACAGCCUUUCAGGAGGGUUUGCCACCUUGUAAUAUAAACUCUCUGAACUUAAGCAUCAAAAAAAGUAUCAUACUUCAUGCUAGCUGUAAAAAUCAAAAUGAAAACUCAUAACACAAUAUAAACCACAGCAAUCCCGGCACUCCUCCUGUGGUUCUGCCCCACACACAUAACUUGGUGGGGGAAUAUUUGCUGUGGAGGAACAUCGUGUCCCUGACCUGCCAUAGCCUGCUCCUUCUGGGCUGUCUGCCUCAUUCUGCAGGGUUUCUGAGCAUUUGUUUUGAUGAAUAGACACUGCAACUGGAUGUGGAUGAUCUGUGGUAAGAACACUAUUAAUCUGAAUUUGUCUGUAGAGGACAACACCAGUCAGUCAAGUUUGCAUUCUCUCUUUCCAUGGUAUGAGUUUAAAACAAAACAACCUCCCCCUUGUAUCCCUGGGGUUUAAACUACAAGAUCCAGUUGCUCUCCUAGUGCCAGAACUUCUUGGUGGUUUGAGCUCCAUCUUGGGACUUGGAGACACCACCACUGUGCCUUGCCCCUGCCUUUGGAGACAUCACGUAAUGCUCCCUUCAAUAGUGUUUAAGAUUCAGAUAGGAACCUCUCGGACUUUUCAAAGGUAGCUAGGCAGGUUAAGCACCGGUGUCUCAUUGUUCUCUGCAAGUGCUUCAACAGCUCAGCUGGUUCUCAGAAGAAAUAAAUCUUCCUAAAUGCCUGUUUCUCAGUGACUAAAUUAAUUCAUAAAUCUCUUCUUGGAUAUCUCAGUUCUUCCAUUCCUCACCUGUGCUGUACCCUACUUGGGUAAUACUUAGCUUUCUCACAUGGAGUUUGUCAAGAUGUGUUUGUUAAUGUGGUGCUUAUGUACUGUGGGAAUGGGGGAUAAACCAGUUUUUCAGAUGCGAUAGCCAAGAGGAAACUUUUAUCUAUCAGAAUACACUGAAAGAUUCUGGAUGCUGGGCAAGGGCUUCUUUUCUCCACUGCUUCCAAAAUCCUCUGUGCUCCAUGAUGUUCACAGGUGGUCUCCAUGAGCCAGGGGCUGAAAAGGAAAAAGGACGGACAUCAGGAAGCAGCAGCAGCAGCAGAUGUUACCUGUCCCUGCUAUGAGGAUGGAGUGGCUUUGCAGCUGUUGAAGAGAUUGAAAACAGGAGAUAAACAAAGCAGAAACGACAUCAAGGAUGAACCACAUCAUCUGCCACCUUCACAGUCCUGGAGAGUGGCUCAGCAGUAUCUUCACUCCAUUCUGCUGCGUCGGUGGAAGCAGUUGCCUAUUCCCCUUUUGCUUUCUCAGACAGCUGCCACGUGGGCCCAGCCAGCAGAGGUGCAGUUCAGGGGAUUUCUAGAGGCUCUGGUUGCCAUAGGAAGUAUGUUUUUCUUCUAGAUGUCAGAUAGCAAAUCGUACUGUGAUGAGAAAAUUGAUAGAAAUCAGCAAUUUUUUCCUUUCAGGACUUCUUUUUGCCUUUACGCUCUAAUUUUCUCAUUAAAAUAUUAUAUCUCUAGUAAAUCUGUGGGUGAAUCUCCAUCCAGCCUGUGCACUGAUAUGAUCGACUCCCACUCCAGAUAUAUCUUGUGAGCACAUUCUUAGCACUUGCAGCUAUUGAAUAACAAGUAUGCAACAAGCAUGAUAUUGUCUCUGUAUAUUUAUGUCCCUGCCACUGAAAAGAUAGCAGUUCCCACAGGUGGAGCCAGGGUUGUGAAACAGAGGUGCUAAUUGUGCUGAUGUCAGAUAGCAGGCUUGACUUUUAUGUUUCCCAUCUGUUUUCAACCAGCAACUCAAUAUUACUGCAGUGCACUGAGGAGAAAAUGCCAAGUGUGGUGGCUAAAGGUAUCUAUAGGCCUUUUUAAAUUUUGUUCUUGUUAGCUAAUUCCAACAGUUUCUUUGCCUAUGACAUGUUAACAAUGUGCAUUUCUUCUGUGCCUUUUAAACAAUCCCCCACUUCACUGGCGGAAUAACUUACCUGCUGCUAACUUUUCCUCUUUCAGAUUGACAAAAUGGAAGCCAUGGGUAAUGAUUCUGCUUUUUUAAUGCAUUCCUGUGCAGUUGCCUACAGAUUAGUUAAAAUCUAAUUUCCUAAACAUGUCCAUAUUUCUAAGUUCAACUACUACUAAGAUGCAAAGCAUCUUGCAAGAGCUACUGAGAAAUAGGAGGUUAUUUCAGUGAUUUAGUUUUUGUAUAGCAUUGAAACAGAGAUUUCUUUAAGUAUGCACAUCACUUUUCUAUUUAAAUAUUAUGAUGCUAGAGGAUAUGAAAUUGUAUGUCUCAGCCUUCCAGGAUUCAGCUGUGUUAGGCUAACUUUUAAAGUGUUUAAGGAAGACACCCAAAUGAGGAUCAUAUUUAAAAAAAAAAAAACAGAACCCAAACAAAAAAACCCCAACUCCUCAGGGACAAGGCGUGAACUUAAUGCAGUCUUUGUUUGGUAUAAUCUGUUUUGUGACUCAUGACUUACACCAUUAGUACAAUGUCAAAUAUUGACGUGUGGUGGGGGACAGAGGUAAAUGCAAGUGGCAUUCCUAAAUGAAAAAGCAGUUCAGGCAUUUCCAUGUAAUUAGUACGCAGGCUUUUUUUUUUUUUUUUAAAGUUCCAGGUAAAUUUAGCAGUUCAGGAUUCAACGUGCUUUUAGACAAGAUUUUUUUUUUCAAUAUACUGUAUUCUGGACCAGUAGGAAAAGAGAAACUCCAAUCUGGGGAUCCAAGCGUGCAGUAGUGUUUUGGUGAUGUCCAUAAUUCCAUAUUAAUUUAAAAAAAAAAAGUUUCUAAUGAAUCCAGUCUUAUUCAAGCUCUUAUUUCCUGGGCACAACUGGGCUGAGAUGACAGAAAUCCAAUGAGAACAUCUCCCAUAUAGGGCACUUCCUUCAUCUAGGCGUGAAAUCAGUUUGAAAUAUUGCUGGUGUGAACCUCAAAUCUUGGUCCAUACUUGGCCUCAAAGAUAUUUUCUGCCUACUUGGAAUCCCAGCCCCAUCAUCUGGUUGUGCUAAUUAAAUCGUUCCAUAAUGUCCUGGAAAGUAAUCUGCAUUUGGGACAGGUAAGAGUGGAAGAGACUUUGGAAGGAUCCAACCCAGAAGCACCAAUGCUGAUCAGAAGUGAGGGCAUGGUGGACUGAGACCGUCAAAGAAUUUCUUGUACCUCCCUAUCAAGUAGUUCUCUAGGCACAGUAAUCAAUAUAAAAAAUAAAUCCUUCCUGAUCUCUAAUUUUUCCUUCCCAAAACAUUUCUGAGAGACAUCAGAUGUUUGGUGUUGUGCUUUUGGAGUGGGGUGAGUGAGAGGAGUUACUUCAGCUGGGUUUUAAUGCCUCCAGACUUCCCUGAAUGACUUCUCUGGAAAUGCAGUGCCAGCUACUGUCGGCAAGCCUGUUGACUUGAGUUCACCUUCCUAACGUUAUUUGCAGUCUAUUUUACCCAUCUGAAAGCUAGAAUAGGCCUAGGGUGAAGAUGUGGGGCCCCUGCUGUCACAAAGAAAGACUGGGUCUCCUGAGAAAAUCUGCUUUUCCAGCCGUCAUCCUUGCCCGAACCCAGCUGUAUCCUGGGAGGUUUAAACCUUCCGAAGUCUCAUGACAGCCAACAGAAGAGAAAAUACAAACAAGCUGGAAUGCACUAUCCUCUGCUCUCAUGAAAACAAACAUCAAUGCUGCCUGUUGUAUAAGCCUCUAACUGGUCUGGUUUGCUUCCACUGAAGUGGCCUAUAUAUCUGUAACUUCAUACAAGAGAUACUAUCUUCAUAAAACUAGCACUCAGAGAGGCACAAUCAUCAUUUCUAACAGAAGAGGGUUAAUGCUUGUUAAAAAUGCUAGAGGAGCACUCAUCACUACUUAAGUUUUCUGUCUGCAAGGAGAGGAUCAGCAAGGGUUCCUCAGAUCUGUUUUUCCAGGGCGAUGUUCAUACCAAUUUAAAACCUGGCCUACAAAAGCGGGGGAGGAGUGCGAAAUCCGACUGAAAAUGAGCCAAAAUGUCUGAGAAAAUGUCCAGCUUUCUGUACAUCGGGGACAUCGUGUCCCUGUACGCGGAGGGCUCUGUCAACGGGUUCAUCAGCACGCUGGGGUUAGUGGAUGACCGGUGUGUGGUUCAGCCAGACGCAGGUGACCUUGCUAAUCCUCCAAAGAAGUUCAGAGACUGCCUUUUCAAGGUGUGUCCUAUGAACAGAUAUUCAGCCCAGAAGCAGUACUGGAAAGCCAAGCAAGCCAAACAAGGAAACCAUACAGAAGCAGCACUGCUGAAGAAACUUCAACAUGCAGCAGAACUGGAGCAAAAGCAGAACGAAAGCGAGAACAGAAAGCUGUUGGGCGAAAUUGUAAAAUAUAGCAAUGUCAUACAGCUACUGCACAUAAAGAGUAACAAGUACCUCACAGUCAAUAAGAGAUUGCCAGCUCUGCUAGAGAAGAAUGCUAUGCGGGUGUCUCUGGAUGCUGCAGGGAAUGAGGGAUCCUGGUUUUAUAUCCAGCCAUUCUGGAAACUGAGGAGUGAAGGUGACAAUGUUGUUGUGGGAGAUAAAGUUGUUCUCAUGCCAGUCAAUGCAGGGCAGCCUCUACAUGCCAGCAACAUUGAGCUUCUAGAUAACCCUGGCUGCAAAGAGGUAAAUGCUGUCAACUGUAACACAAGCUGGAAAAUAACGUUGUUCAUGAAAUUCAGUAGUUAUCGAGAAGAUGUACUGAAAGGAGGAGAUGUUGUUAGGCUGUUUCAUGCAGAGCAAGAGAAGUUUCUGACCUGUGACGAAUAUGAGAAGAAACAACAUAUUUUCCUUCGUACUACAUUACGUCAGUCAGCCACUUCUGCAACAAGUUCUAAAGCACUGUGGGAAAUAGAGGUUGUCCAUCAUGACCCUUGCCGGGGAGGGGCAGGACAGUGGAAUAGCUUGUUUAGAUUUAAGCAUUUGGCAACUGGAAACUACUUAGCUGCAGAGCUUAACCCACACUAUCCAGAAGGUAAUAAUGAAGGAAAAGCUUUGCAGAGAGACGGCGACCUUCCUGCUUCAAAGAAGAAACGCCAAGCAGGGGAGAAGAUUAUGUAUACUUUGGUCUCUGUGCCACAUGGAAAUGACAUCGCAUCUCUCUUUGAACUGGAUGCCACCACUCUUCAGAGAGCUGAUUGCCUGGUUCCAAGGAACUCAUAUGUCCGACUGAGGCAUUUAUGCACUAACACUUGGGUCACUAGUACCAGCAUUCCAAUAGAUACUGAUGAAGAGAGGCCUGUGAUGUUAAAGAUUGGGACGUGCCAAACAAAAGAGGACAAGGAAGCUUUUGCCAUUGUAUCGGUUCCUCUGUCUGAGGUCAGAGACUUGGACUUUGCCAAUGAUGCAAACAAGGUUCUAGCAUCAACUGUUAAAAAGCUGGAGAAUGGAACAAUAACCCAGAAUGAAAGGAGGUUUGUAACCAAGUUACUGGAAGAUCUCAUUUUUUUUGUUGCUGAUGUGCCUAAUAAUGGGCAGGAAGUUUUGGAUGUGGUCAUUACCAAGCCAAACCGGGAACGACAAAAAUUAAUGAGGGAACAAAAUAUAUUGGCUCAGAUAUUUGGCAUCCUCAAAGCUCCUUUUAAGGACAAAGGUGAAGGAUCAAUGCUGAGACUUGAAGACCUAGGUGACCAGAGAUACGCUCCAUACAAAUACAUCUUAAGGUUAUGUUACAGGGUUCUCAGACAUUCCCAACAGGACUAUAGGAAGAAUCAGGAAUAUAUUGCUAAGAACUUCUGCGUCAUGCAGUCCCAGAUUGGUUAUGAUAUUCUGGCAGAAGACACCAUCACAGCUUUGUUGCACAACAACAGAAAACUGCUAGAGAAACACAUCACGGCUAAAGAAAUAGAGACGUUUGUUAAUUUACUCAGGAGGAAUCGAGAGCCAAGAUUCUUGGAUUAUCUGUCAGACCUGUGUGUAUCUAACACCACAGCAAUACCAGUAACUCAGGAACUCAUCUGCAAGUUUAUGCUGAGCCCAGGGAAUGCUGACAUUCUCAUUCAGACCAAGCUGGUUUCGACACAAAUGGACAAUCCCUUGGAAUGCCCAGUCAUCUCAGAUGACAUUGAUGAAGAGGAAGUGUGGCUUUACUGGAUUGACAGUAACAAGGAGCCUCAUGGCAAAGCCAUCAGGCAUCUGGCUCAGGAGGCAAAGGAGGGCACAAAAGCUGAUUUAGAAGUUCUUACCUACUACAGGUACCAACUGAACCUCUUUGCAAGAAUGUGCCUGGACCGCCAAUAUCUUGCCAUCAACCAGAUUUCUGCACAGCUGUCAGUAGACUUGAUCUUGCGAUGUAUGUCUGAUGAAAGCCUCCCUUAUGAUCUCCGGGCUUCUUUUUGUCGGCUGAUGCUACACAUGCACGUGGACAGAGAUCCUCAGGAAUCUGUGGUACCUGUCAGAUAUGCCAGAUUGUGGACUGAAAUUCCCACUAAGAUCACAAUUCAUGAGUAUGAUUCUUUCACAGACUCUUCAAGGAAUGAAAUGAAAAGGAAGUUUGCACUAACUAUGGAAUUUGUAGAAGAGUACUUGAAAGAGGUUGUAAAUCAGCCCUUUCCUUUUGGAGACAAAGAGAAAAAUAAACUUACAUUUGAGGUGGUACAUCUGGCUCGAAACCUCAUAUACUUUGGCUUUUAUAGUUUUAGUGAGCUUCUCAGACUGACCCGGACGCUGCUGGCAAUUCUAGAUAUUGUUCAAGUUCCUAUAUCAUCAUACUUUGAAAGGUUGAGCAAGUUUCAGGAUGGAGGAAACAAUGUUAUGAGGACCAUCCAUGGGGUAGGAGAGAUGAUGACCCAAAUGGUGCUGAGCAGAGGAUCUAUAUUUCCCAUCAGUGCCCCUGAUAUACAGCCAAGCAUUCACCCAAGCAAGCAAGCCACCACCUCAGACAGUGAAGAUGUGAUCGUAAUGGACACCAAAUUGAAAAUCAUUGAGAUUUUGCAGUUUAUUCUCAGUGUUAGACUGGACUAUAGAAUAUCCUACAUGCUGUCUAUCUAUAAAAGAGAGUUUGGGGAAAACAAUGAAAACGUUGAUUGCUCUACAACAUCCCCGCCUGACACACCAGGGAUUGCCUCAGCAAUUGUUCCUGACAUAGAUGAAAUUGCAGCUCAGGCUGAAACCAUGUUUGCUGGCAGAAAGGAGAAGAAUGCGGUUCAGCUUGAUGAUGAAGGGGGCAGAACUUUUUUACGGGUCCUCAUUCACCUCAUCAUGCAUGACUACCCUCCUUUGCUCUCAGGUGCUCUGCACCUGCUAUUUAAGCACUUCAGCCAGAGAGCAGAAGUUCUGCAAGCAUUUAAACAGGUUCAGUUGCUGGUGUCUAAUCAAGAUGUUGAUAACUACAAGCAAAUCAAGGCUGAUCUUGAUCAGCUACGUCUGACUGUAGAAAAAUCAGAAUUGUGGGUUGAGAAGAGCAGCAAUUAUGAGAGUGGAGAGGUGGGCGACAAUCAAACCAAAGGGGGAGAAGAGCCAAUAGAGGAGUCAAAUAUUUUGAGUCCAAUACAGGAUGGGACCAAAAAACCCCAGAUAGACAGCAAUAAAAGCAAUAACUACAAUAUUGUUAAAGAGAUUUUGAUUCGACUCAGCAAACUUUGUGUUCAGAAUAAAAAAUGUCGGAAUCAACAGCAGCGAUUGCUGAAAAAUAUGGGCGCCCACUUGGUAGUGUUGGACCUUCUGCAGAUACCCUAUGAAAAGAGUGAUGAAAAGAUGAAUGAAGUUAUGAAUCUAGCCCACACUUUUCUUCAGAAUUUCUGUCGAGGAAAUCCUCAGAAUCAAGUUCUCCUCCACAAAAAUCUCAGCUUGUUCUUAACUCCAGGGCUCCUGGAAGCUGAAACCAUGCGGCACAUAUUCAUGAAUAAUUACCUUCUGUGUAAUGAAAUUAGUGAAAGAGUGGUGCAGCACUUUGUACACUGCAUUGAGACGCAUGGCCGUCAUGUGGAGUACCUGCGUUUCCUGCAGACCAUUGUGAAAGCAGAUGGCAAAUAUGUGAAAAAAUGCCAGGACAUGGUAAUGACAGAGCUGAUAAAUGGUGGUGAAGAUGUGUUGAUAUUCUACAAUGACAGAGCAUCAUUUCCAGUCCUACUCCAAAUGAUGUGUUCAGAGCGAGAUCGAGCAGAUGAGAGCGGACCCUUAGCAUAUCACAUCACUCUAGUGGAAUUGCUAGCGGCUUGUACAGAAGGAAAGAAUGUAUACACAGAGAUCAAGUGCAAUUCACUCCUGCCACUGGAUGACAUAGUGAGAGUAGUGACCCAUGAUGACUGCAUACCUGAGGUGAAAAUUGCCUAUGUUAAUUUUGUUAACCACUGUUACGUGGACACUGAAGUGGAAAUGAAAGAAAUCUAUGCCAGUAACCAUAUUUGGAAGUUAUUUGAGAACUUCCUUAUUGAUAUGGCAAGGGUUUGUAACACAACCACGGAUCGCAAACAUGCAGACACAUCUCUGGAGAAAUAUGUCACUGAGCCUGUAAUGAACAUUGUGAGUGGCUUCUUCAAUUCGCCAUUUUCAGAUAACAGCACCAGCCUCCAGACACACCAGCCUGUUUUUAUUCAGCUGCUGCAGUCUGCUUUUAGAAUUUACAACUGUACCUGGCCAAACCCAACGCAGAAAGCCUCAGUGGAGUCAUGUAUCAAGACUUUGGCUGAAGUGGCAAAGAACCGUGGGAUUGCAAUUCCUGUGGAUUUGGACAGCCAGGUCAACACCUUGUUCAUGAAGAGUCACUCUAACAUGGUGCAGAGGGCAGCCAUGGGGUGGAGAAUGUCAGCCCGCAGUGGACCUCGUUUUAAAGAAGCUCUUGGUGGGCCUGCCUGGGAUUACAGGAAUAUAAUAGAAAAACUACAGGAUGUAGUGUCCUCCUUGGAGCAGCAGUUCACACCCAUGAUGCAAGCUGAAUUCUCAGUGCUGGUUGAUGUGCUGCACAGUCCAGAACUUCUUUUUCCUGAGGGGAGCGAUGCUAGAAUAAGAUGUGGUGCUUUCAUGUCCAAGUUGAUUAAUCACACAAAGAAGCUAAUGGAGAAAGAAGAAAAGCUCUGCAUUAAAAUUCUUCAGACAUUACGAGAAAUGCUUGACAAGAAAACUAACUUUGCGGAAGAGGGCAACACUUUAAGGAAAAUACUCCUAUAUCGCUACUUUAAAGGAGAAUAUGGAAGUGGUAUGAAUGGGCCUCUGUCUGCCAGCUACAGCAAAACUGCACAAGUGGGAGGUGGAUUUUCAGGGCAAGACUCAGAUAAGUCUGGGGUAACCAUGUUUGAUAUCCAGUGCCUUCUGGAUAAAGAAGGUGCAUCAGAACUAGUCAUAGAUGUUAUAGUAAACACCAAAAAUGACAGAAUUUUCUCAGAAGGCAUUUUGCUUGGCAUUGCGUUGCUUGAAGGUGGAAAUACGCAAACACAGUAUUCAACUUACCAGCAACUGAAGGAGCAAAAAAAGUCAGAAAAAUUCUUUAAAGUCCUGUAUGACCGCAUGAAAGCUGCUCAGCAGGAGAUACGAUCGACGGUGACAGUGAACACUAUUGAUUUGGGGAGCAAAAAGAAAGAUGAUGAUAGUGACCUAACCAUAUCUGUUCCCAAAAAGAGAGUAAAGGAUUCAACCCUGCAUCUGAAAGAGGGUAUGAAAGGACAGUUAACAGAAGCAUCUUCUGCAACAUCCAAAGCUUACUCUGUGUAUAGAAGAGAAAUGGACCCAGAAAUAGAUCUUAUGGGCUCAGGAACAGAUGCUGCAAAUGCAGAAGAGAAGUCCAUAGAAGAAGCAAUCAUGAGCCCUGCCAUUGCAAUCAUGCAGCCAAUAUUGAGAUUUCUUCAGCUGUUGUGCGAGAACCACAACCGAGAGCUCCAGAAUUUUUUAAGACAUCAGAACAACAAAACAAAUUACAACCUUGUUUGUGAGACCCUUCAGUUUUUGGACUGUAUCUGUGGAAGCACUACAGGUGGGCUGGGCUUAUUGGGGCUUUACAUCAAUGAGAGGAACGUGGCUCUUGUGAACCAGACGCUGGAAAGCUUGACCGAAUAUUGCCAGGGCCCAUGCCAUGAAAACCAGACUUGCAUAGCCACCCAUGAAUCUAAUGGGAUUGAUAUUAUAAUUGCACUCAUCUUGAAUGACAUAAACCCUCUUGGCAAAUACUGCAUGGACUUGGUGCUUCAGCUAAAGAACAAUGCCUCCAAGCUUUUGCUGGCUAUUAUGGAAAGCAGGCAUGACAGUGAGAAUGCGGAAAGAAUCCUUUUCAACAUGAGACCAAGGGAACUGGUGGAUGUGAUGAAGAAUGCAUAUAACCAAGGCCUCGAAUGUGACCUUGAGGAGGAGAAUGGAGAUGAUGGCAUCUCCCCAAAAGAUGUUGGCCAUAAUAUCUAUAUUUUGGCACAUCAGUUGGCUCGUCACAAUAAAACAUUGCAACAGAUGCUGAAGCCAGGGUCAGAUCCAGAUGAAGGAGAUGAAGCCUUGAGGUAUUAUGCCAAUCAUACGGCACAGAUAGAGAUUGUUCGCCACGAUAGAACAAUGGAACAGAUUGUAUUCCCUGUCCCCAAUAUUUGUGAAUUCCUCACUCGGGAAUCCAAAAGUCGGGUAUUCAAUACAACAGAGAGAGAUGAACAAGGGAGCAAAGUCAAUGACUUUUUCCAGCAGACAGAGGAUCUUUACAACGAGAUGAAAUGGCAAAAGAAAAUUAGGAAUAAUCCACCCUUGUUUUGGUUCUCCAGACACAUUUCUCUCUGGGGAAGCAUUUCCUUCAACCUUGCUGUAUUCAUCAAUUUAGCAGUUGCUCUCUUCUACCCCUUUGGAGAUGAUGGAGAUGAAGGCACACUCUCUCCGUUGUUUUCAGUCCUCCUUUGGAUAGCAGUGGCGUUUUGUACAGCAAUGCUGUUUUUCAUCUCCAAGCCUGUUGGUAUUCGACCCUUUUUGGUGUCUGUUAUUCUCAGGUCUAUAUAUACUAUAGGGCUUGGUCCUACCUUGAUACUUCUUGGUGCUGCUAAUCUUUGUAACAAAAUAGUGUUUCUGGUGAGCUUUGUUGGGAACCGUGGAACUUUCACCCGUGGCUACAGAGCGGUCAUCAUGGACAUGGCUUUUCUCUAUCACGUAGCAUAUGUCCUGGUCUGCAUGCUGGGCCUCUGCGUGCACGAAUUCUUCUAUAGUUUCCUGCUGUUUGAUCUGGUGUACAGAGAAGAGACAUUGCUAAAUGUGAUAAAAAGUGUUACCCGGAAUGGUCGUUCCAUUAUCCUCACUGCAGUGCUAGCACUCAUCCUAGUUUAUCUCUUCUCCAUCAUUGGGUUCCUCUUCUUGAAAGAUGACUUUAUCAUGGAGGUUGACAGGUUGAAAAUCAGGACCCCUGUUGCAGGUAUUGGUGAAGUCCCCACUACAACACUCACAUCAAUGAUGGGAGCCUGUGCAAAGGAGAACUGUUCCACAAGCAUCCCAAUUAUUAACUCAGGUGAAGAGGAGGAGGAUGGAAUAGAAAGGACCUGUGACACCCUGCUAAUGUGCAUCGUGACCGUAUUAAACCAAGGCCUGCGAAAUGGUGGUGGUGUGGGAGACGUGCUCAGAAAGCCUUCCAAAGAUGAGCCCUUGUUUGCUGCGCGAGUUGUUUAUGAUCUUCUGUUUUACUUCAUUGUCAUAAUUAUUGUUCUAAACCUAAUCUUUGGAGUCAUCAUUGAUACAUUUGCCGAUCUCAGGAGUGAAAAGCAGAAAAAGGAGGAAAUACUAAAGACAACCUGUUUCAUCUGUGGACUGGAGAGAGACAAAUUUGAUAACAAGACAGUUUCGUUUGAGGAGCAUAUAAAGUCAGAACACAACAUGUGGCAUUAUUUGUACUUUAUAGUUCUUGUGAAAGUUAAAGAUCCAACUGAAUACACUGGCCCGGAGAGCUACGUGGCACAAAUGAUUGUGGAGAAGAAUUUGGACUGGUUCCCUCGGAUGAGAGCCAUGUCCCUGGUUAGCAAUGAAGGCGACAGUGAGCAAAACGAAAUCAGGAACCUGCAAGAGAGGCUGGAGUCAACCAUGAGCCUUGUAAAACAGCUUUCCAGUCAGCUUGCUGAGCUCAAGGAACAGAUGACAGAACAAAGGAAGAAUAAGCAGAGGCUGGGCUUUCUUGGAUCAAACACACCCCAUGUGAAUCAUCACAUGCCACCACCCUGAUACCACGGGGAGAAGCCGUGACUAGCCUUUCAUCAGUAUUCCUGCUUUAUUAUAGAAUAAAAAACUGAGAUUGAGAGGAGUGAACAGUGCCUAUUGUUACAAAGUUAAAAACAACCAAGUGCCAAGAUGUUAAGUGGUUUAGCUCUGGGAACAAUUUGUAGCUGUUUUUCAUGGUUGAAAGGGACCACAACCUAGAAUGCGAGAGAUACAAGGGAGCUCGUUUGUAUUCGUUCAUGGGGCCUGACUCAGCUGCAUUUGCGCUCUGCAACUUGAUGGCUUCGGCGGUAGCUGCUGCGUGCGAAGAGGUCAGGGCAGCGUUUGGCCGCAUCCUUUGAGCUGCCUUCGGACUUCUCCCUAAAGCACUGGGAUAACCAAGAUGAGCAGAAGAAGGAGAAAUGUUUAUUAACGCAAAUACGACAGCCUGGUUCAGAAUCAAUAGAAGUCGUUUCUGGCUUAUUUGCCAAAUGGCAACAUUAGUCAUGUUUGCUUGGCAUUUACUAUUUUUUAAUUACCGUAAAUAUGUCAAUUGGAUAAGCGAUAAUGUUGCUUCAAGUAACUUCUACUAGGAGGGAAAGGGGAGAAACCUCAAAAGACUGAAAAAAAAAAAAGAAAAAAAGAAGGAAAAAAAUAGAAAAAGAGUUGCAAAGAGAAACAUUAACGCUUUUGAAUUUUAGCUGUCACCAUGCAAUUUCUUAUUUAUAACAUGGAGCACAAUGGAUCUACAGCUGUGGGAAUGUUACGCACAUAACACUGACAACAUAACUGGAAGUGAUUUCUUUCUCCUGGCUUCAGAUGUUCUCCAUUAAUGUGGCUGUGAGAUUUCACAUACUGAGGAGUUAAACUGUAUUUUAAAUUCAAGUUCCAAUGGAGGAUUCAGGAAAAAAAAAAAAUUAUACCUGUAGUUUGAAACAUGUAUGGGAUUUAUUUUUUUUUUUUAAAAGCUUAGAAGUAUCUUUCUGUAUGGAGCUGUAAUGGUGUCAUUACCUUCCAUAAACUCAUCUUCAGCAAGAGUUGACUUGAGUAAAUAAGCACCAUAUUCUGCCAGCUUUCUCCUGAGCUAAAGAUCAUGGGCUUAUGCCUUUGCCUGCUCUUCCUGCUUUCAGGGGCUUGCAGGACUGGCCUGGCUGGUGGGUGACGGGGGGCAAUGCUGGAGGAGCUCCUUCGAGCUCUAGGCUCUAUGAAAGGUGGCAGCCAAGUCAGCUGUGCAGGUUUCUGCUGUAUCCUGUAUUUCUUGGGAUGGCUUUAAAAGAAAAGUUACAGGGUUUCCACCGAGCCCAAGAGGGCUCUUCUCUCUUAUCUGAGAUUUCUGGGGCACAGAUGGGAGUCAUGGGCCCAGUUCACUUUCAUUUUCAGUGGGUUUUGGUUACCUAAUUCUCCUCGGUACAUUUGGAAAUGCACCUCCGUUACCUGGAGUUGCUUUUUAAACCAAAAUAUUUUUGCAAUGAUUUUCCCCUGUAAUAUUUCUGUUUUUUUAUAAAAGCCAUUUUGAUCAAAGGUGAAAAUAUUAUUGGUUCCGCUAUUUCUAGUUUCUCCCUGAAGAAAUGCCGUUGUCUUAUUUAAGGCACAAUUCAGAGCUAGAGUAAAGGGAAGGAAGGGGCAUCUCCCUCUCUUCAUCCUGAAUUCAAACCUGGUUUUGAAAGCCAUCUCUGGUUUUGUGCCAGUGAGGUGGCUGAGAUAAAAAUAAUAUACAUUAGGGUCUGAUUCUUCUGCCAUUAAAACAUUUCCCAUUGGCUUCAAUUGUGUCCUUAAAAAAUACUAUGUGGAAAGUGGGGAUUUGUGUAUUUUACAAAAAGAAAAUCUCUUUCUGUUGACUUUAGUCCAUGGAGCAUCCCAGUUAUGAGAGGCGAUGGCCAUUUCCAGCUUUAGGGUCUAUUUUUCCUGCAAGAAAUUCUCCCAAAUCCAGCCAGCGCUCUGCCUCCAUGCGGUAAGGUGAAGAGCAAGUGGUGGUGAUCAGAAAUGGCACAAGGCCAAGGAAUGUGAGUGGUGGGACACUAAAUUUUCUGCAACUCCUCUGCUGGUGGGCUCGCAGCUUCCCAGGCAGAGGGAGCGCAUGGAGGCAACGGGAGCUGGACUGAGCUGGUCGAUGCUGUGGGUUUGCUUCCGAGGCUGGAGUAACCUUUUCCACUCCAAAGACCAGACAACAGUCUGGUGUUUGGAGAGCAGAGCAGAUGCGGCUGUGGCAUGGGGAGCUGAUGGUAGGAAAGCUGCUAGGUCAAAGCAGAAUACAGAAAAGCAGUUGUCUUCAAUGAACGACUGAGAUAUUUUAGGAAUAAAGCUUCAAGUGUGCCUUUCCUUUACGCUUACUAUGUAUGAGGUCUCGAUGCUACUGCCCCAGCAUCACUGUGGUGGUGAAAACCCCUUCCGUAAGCCUCGCCUGUCAGUGAGGAUGGGGCUUCAUGUACCAGUUAGUGUUCAGCACCAAGACACUUGCAGUGAAUUGAUUCUGGGAGUUUGCAUCAGCCACAUGCCAUGCAGUAACCAGCCGCUGGUGUAAGAUAAAGCCAGAUUUGCCUCUCUGACUAGACUUACUGUAUGUCACGAAGCCAAAGAAGUUGCAUGCAAAUGUAAAGUCAGUGCUAAGUUGGUAGAGAAUGAGAUCCUGCAGCUGUAUUAACUCAAAGUAGAUUAUGCAGUUUGUCAGAUCUAGUCACAAUUUCUGUUUCAACAGCAAUUUUCUCUUCCUCACACAUAUACUUAUUAGAGGCAUAAAGCACAGUUUAACGUUAAGAUAAAUUAAAUGAUUGCUAUUUAUUGGGGGGUGGGCAGUUGGCUAAUACUGGAAGUGGGUGGCACUUUUCUUGUUUACACUCGCAAAAAGCAGCUGGACCACUGCACAUCAAGGGAGGUUUCUGCUGUUGGAGCUGGAAAAACUUGAGACUCAGUGUGUUUGUGCCCUGAGCUCAGGCCUGCAGUUGCAUGCUGCUGGUGCUCUCUCUCUGUCCUGCACCCCAACCGAUGUCCCCAAGGCUCAAAGGCUCAAGAGCCCAAAUACUGCUCUUCAGAAGGGAGAGCUACAAUGUCAAAAACAAAGAGCUAACAGAUGCCAAUUAGACUUUGCCACGGUGCCUUUCUGCUGUUGAUAGCUUCCAAGAGAGACCUCUGCAAUCAGUAACAGUAGGUGAUGCUACUUGCACAGAUUGUAAAUAUAUUUCACUGAGCGUUUUGACAUUUUUGCUGAUUCUGUCAAAACUUAAGCCCUGCCCUGUGAGCAAUCUGUACACUCGCACGUGGUAACUUAAACAGGAGACUUCUUAUAUGAAUAAUAGUUGCAGGGCCAGAGCCCAAGCCUUAAAGAUUGUGAAAUAUCCCCGUCAAUGAGUUUAUAACAAAAGUCAUUGUUUUAUACAUAUAUUUAUAUGUAUAUCUUUGUUUAAUGCAGCUGGGAUAUCCUCUUCGUAGGCAAGCAUCAUUUACCUUACCUAUUUAUAUGAAAUAAUUGCAAAGAAGUU